AUGUUAGGUAGCAACGAAUAGACAGUGACCAUUAUUACUGUACACUGUUCCUAUUAUUUCAAUCAAUUUAUUUACAGUAGUGUAGUGAUUUGUCAAAAAUAAUCAGGAUUGAUUUUCUCAGAAAUGGCUACUCAAGUUCGUCCAACAACAAGAUUCCAACCACCAGAUUGGUUCACCAAUAACUACACCAUUUCAACCAAUGCUGAAAGACAGAGAGAUGCUUCACAUCAAGUUAGACAAGAAGGUCGUUUUUUAACCAAUGAAACUGAUAAUCAAACAAAAUGGGACCAACACUCCAACAAUGUUAGGCUUGCUGAUCGGGUUGAUCAUAUUAGGAAAUGGAAAGAAAUCUUAGAGAAAACCCUUGCUGAUUUAGAUCAGGAAAUAGCAGAUUUAUCUGAUUCUAAGGAACUUACUGAACAGGCUCUUGAAGCCAAGAAUCUUCCUUUAGAUGUAGCAGUAGAAUGUUUAACAUUACGUGAGGGGAGACAAGGUAUUGAUAUUGUUCAAGAUGAAGCAGAAAAUCAACUACACAAGGAAGUUGAAGUGAUAGAAGGAAUUAGGAAGAAUUUACAACAAAGAGUUUCAGAUUCAUUUGAACAGAUUUGUCUAUUACAAGAAGCAAGACAACAAAUUCAAGCUGAUUUACAAGAUAAAAACAUAGCUCUUGGUAUUGAUAUAGAUCAAUAUAAUUUAACUGAUAGAUCACCUAAUAUUAGUUAUAAACCAGAUAGCUUAAGAGUUCCUAAAGGAAGCACAACACCUCAACAAUGGGAAGAUUUUAGUCGAUAUAACAAAGAAAGGGCCGAUGCUGAGAUGCAAGCAUCAGGUAGACUAAGAGAGGCAAUUCACCACACUCUUCAAAAAACUGAUAAUGAUUUAGAGGCUCAGAAAAUUGCCACAGAAUUUGCUCUCAGGAAGAGAAUUCAUGAAUUUGAAAGAGCAAAAGAUGAAUUGGAAUGGCAGAAGAAAAAUACUGAAGAUGAAAUAGCAGAGCUAGAAAAUGACAUCAGAAAAUUAGCUGAAGCUAUUAGAGCUAAAACUAAUCCAAUGAAAUUAGCUCAAACCAGAUUAGAGAACCGUACAUACAGACCUAAUGUAGAAUUAUGCCGAGAUGCUCCUCAAUAUGGUUUAACUGAUGAAGUCAAGCAACUUGAAGCUACAAAGAAAGCUUUAGAAGAGAAACUGAAACAAGCACAACAUGCUUUAGAUGGUUUAGAGAAGAACUUGCACAGAAUCAAUGAUGAUUUGGCCCUGAAGAACAAUUCUCUUAUGUUGGACAAACGUAAUAUGAGUGUACGAGAAAAACUGAAUGCCAGACCACAAACCAGUGUUGAAAGAAAUUUAACACUUACUGGCAUUGAAAGAGAAAAAACAAAAGUUUUAGCAUAAAUCUCUUAAAUUAUGCAAGUUUUAUCUUCAUUUUAACAUUCAUCACUUCUGCAAUAAGUUGAUUGUAGAAAAACUUUAAUUAUAAAGCAUUAAAUUUGCAGCAUUUCUGUAAAUUAUGAGACUGAACUGCUGAAAUCAAACCUGAAUAAAGUUUAUAAGUAUCUGAACCAUUUCAGUUGAACUGAAAAACUCAUUUAAAUUAUUUGUUGUGAUAAGUAGAGAUCAUGUAAUAUAUUUUCAACUGAUUGGCAAUGUGUGAUAUGUAUAUAUACAAUAUAUUUAUAGAUUUUUAAACUAUGCUUACUAUAUUGUACAUAAUGCUUUGGGCUUAGAGAAAUAAAUCUUAUACAUGCAUA